CAGAGGAAACAGGCUGUGGUUUGUGAGUUCACAGAUAGUUUCCUGGUCAUUUUUCACACACAACACCCUCAACAUCACAUGAAGAGAGUAACACACUGUCCGUCAGCGCUAGUGUUUGAUUCUCAUCACCAGAGACAUAUAACUGUACUCUCCACUGAGAGAAGAGAGCAGGAUUCACAGUAUUACUGAGAUCUGACUUCAACAAGACAUUUGAGGAACUUUUCUGAACUCAACCGAAGAAGAAAUGAAGUUCACAUUCAUGAUUUCUGCGUUUCUACUGACGGUGAGCAGUUCAGUGCCUGUGGAUAUUACAGUGAGAGGAACAGAAGGAGAACAAGGGUUUCUGAAUUGUCCUUAUGCUGAAGGAUAUGAAAACUCCAACAAAUACUUCUAUAAAGGACCUUACAGAGAGAGGAAUCUUCUCCUAAAAUCAGCUGGAGGACAGUCAUCGGUGUCUGAAGGCAGAUUCUCUCUGCUGGACGAUCAUCAGAAGAGAUCAUUUACACUGAUCAUCAGAAACCUGAGUCUGACAGAUGCUGGAGUGUACACCUGUGAAGCUGGAUGGGGAAGACUAUAUAAAAACAUCCCUCUGAAGGUGAUCAGAGCUCCACAGAAAACAAGACCUGACCAGAUCUCAACCAGCACCCUCCACUCGUACACACACACCAGCACAGAUAAGAACACUGAGGCUUCAACUAUUAGCUAUUUUUCAAUCACGUGGUCAUAUUUCAGGACAACAGAGCUGAAUCAACAAUCCACCAGCCUCUCAAUCACAGAUCAACUCAACUCCUCAACAGGUUCAUUCAUCAUCAUCAUCAUUGCAGGAGGUCUGGUUUUGCUCCUGAUUUGUGCUGUUUUGCUUGUUGUGGCUGUAUGGAAGAAACAUACUCAUGGUUUGGUCUCCUCUUCUGCUGAAGGGGUUAAUCUGACAGAAAACAGAAGAACAGAGAAGUCUUACAAGAAAGGAAACCCAGCUGUGGUCUCAAACUCACACACAGCUCAAAGUGACGACGGUUCUGCCUCAAACGAGUUUCACAGACCUGCAAACACAGAAACAGUCGACACAGACCUCGACUACAUGAAUGUUGCUGCUGCUGAGAGAAACGCUGUGGAUCCAGAUCAGAUCUACACAGAACUGAACUCCAGCAGACAGAGUGACGUUUAUCAGAGUCUCAGAACUGAUUCUGUUCAAGAAGAGUCCAUCUAUCACAGUAUUGGACACUGAAGCCUCACAAACAAAUUAUAAGU